GCAGCGGGGCGCAGGGCUCAGUGGGGAGGAGCAGGGUCCCCAGAAGCACCAGCAGGGCCAGCACGGCUAGGGUGCCUCCACCUGGGCGGCUAAGGAGCGGUGGCUGGACUCCGCCCGGCCGAGGCGCCGGGUCCGUACCGGGUGCAGUGUGGCCGCGUCGCCGUGGAGAUGGCGCGGCACGUGCGGUGACGGUGCUCGCGCCCCGAGGGUCCUAGCCUUGCGCCCCGCAUUCCCGGGCGAGCAUGGAGCGCCCGGAGCCCGAGCUGAUCCGGCAGAGCUGGCGAGCGGUGAGCCGCAGCCCGCUGGAGCAUGGCACCGUCCUGUUCGCCAGGCUGUUUGACCUGGAGCCAGACCUGCUGCCCCUCUUUCAGUACAACUGCCGCCAGUUCUCCAGCCCAGAGGACUGCCUCUCUUCCCCUGAGUUCCUGGACCACAUCAGGAAGGUGAUGCUCGUGAUUGACGCCGCGGUGACCAAUGUGGAGGACCUGUCCUCGCUGGAGGAGUACCUUGCCAGCCUGGGCAGGAAGCACCGGGCAGUGGGUGUGAAGCUCAGCUCCUUCUCGACGGUGGGUGAGUCGCUGCUCUACAUGCUGGAGAAGUGCCUGGGCCCUGCCUUCACACCUGCCAUGCGGGCUGCCUGGCGCCAGCUCUAUGGGGCUGUGGUACAGGCCAUGAGUCGAGGCUGGGAUGGCGAGUAAGAGAUGACUCUGCCCAGCGGCCUUCCCCUGGCGGCCCCUGACUGUCCGUGUCUAUCUUUUGAUCUGUGUCCACUGUAGCCCAGGCUCCCCCAGGCCUUCCUGCCCUGUGGUCCUUGUCCCCUUGGCCAUACCAGAGAGGUGAUGGAGCAGGGCUGGGUCUCUGUCCCCCUCACCCCCAGCUUCCCAAUUUCCCCUCUGGCAUCCCUUCUUCCUCCAGGAGGAGGAGCCGCGUUUUGGUGGCAGAGGUGGCAUCGGGCCCGGGGUGGGGGGCUUGUUCAGAGAAAAUAGGCUCUUCUGUCGUCUUCCCUUCCCAGUGAGCCCGGGCCAGGUGGGGACAGCGGAGGGGGAGGAAUGGGAUGGCUGAGCUGCGGGCACCUUCCCAGCUUGCCUGCCUUCAGUGCUUUUUCUCUCCCAGGGAUGUUUGCUUUUCACAAGGAAAAGGGAGGGACAGCUUAGGCCUUCAUGGUGAAAUCACAGGCAGCAGGAUCAGGUGACCAGGAGACCUGCUGAGGAAGGGGGAGGUGGCUCUGUGAUGGGGCUCACCUGGGUCUUGGGGGCCCACUCAGAUGCCACCUGACAGUUUUUCUUUUGCAGUGUGUGAUGGGAGUUCCCCUAUCGUUGCUCUGGAGGAAACAGCUAGCCAGCCAGGGAGGGGCUGGGCUGCGGAAGGGCAAGGAAGGAGGGGGAGUUUCAUUGCCAGAGAGACCCGAGGCCCAGUGGCUCUUCCUCCAGCAGGCCCUGAGUCUUAUCCUCCACCCCGACGCUUUCUGCCUCUGCCCACACCGAUUGCGGGUCCAUAGUUCCCUGUAUUUAAUAUCCGGCGUGUGCCUAUGCUUAUGUGGGUGGAUAGAAGAGAAAGCAGCAGGAGAGGCCCCCUCCCUUUACCCUGAGCUGCCUCCAUGUUUAUCUUUUGCUGCGUGCUGUGUUUGUAUAAACUCAUGCGGAAUAAACCUGUUCUGUGUGCCUCUCUGA